UAAGUAUAGGAGAAAAUGGGCAGCUUGUCAAUCAUCAGCCUCAUUUUGCUUCUGGUGUUUCUUGCAUGGCUAAUGGUUUGGGUUCUGUUACCCACAAAUGCUUAUAAAAACUCAUGGACUCCGAACCUUAAAACCAAAUUGAACUCCACGUAUUUUGGAACACAAGGGAUGAAUCUUCUUCUAUUUUCAUUUCCUGUGAUGUUCAUAGCCGCUUUAGGAAGUGUGUAUCUCCAUUUUCAGAAGAAUAAACAGAAAAUAUCAUCCACCUCCAAAAGCAACCGUCGUUUGUCCUUCUUGAGACGUCCGGUGCUUGUGAUGGCGCCUUUAGGGAUUGUUACUGCAAUGGAGUUUGCUUUUGCAGGCAUGUUUGUUGCACUUAUGAUCUGGUCUCUUGCAAACUACUUGUCUGUCAGUUUUGGUAAUCUCCAUAUGCAUACACCAGGAGUGAAAGUGUGGCAAGCAAAGUUUCGCAGUGUAUCAUUGAGGCUUGGAUAUAUUGGCAACUUGUGCUGGGCAUUUCUGUUUAUUCCGGUAACGAGAGGGUCUUCACUUUUGCCUCUGGUUGGACUUACAUCUGAGUCGAGUAUCAAGUAUCAUAUUUGGCUGGGUCAUCUCUCCAAUCUCCUGUUUGUUGCACAUACGUUAGGUUUCAUCAUUUACUGGGCAAUGGCUAAUCAAAUGGCUGAGAUGCUAGAGUGGAGCAAAACAUAUGUGUCGAAUGUCGCCGGGGAGAUUGCUAUCGUGAUCGGAGUAGUAAUGUGGGUGACGAGUUCUAAUCGAAUGAGGCGUAAAAUGUUUGAACUCUUCUUCUACACUCAUCAAUUAUACAUUCUCUACAUACUUUUCUAUGCAUUACAUGUUGGAGCUGCUUACCUGUGCAUGAUUUUACCUGGGAUCUUCCUUUUCCUCAUCGAUCGAUACUUGAGAUUCUUACAGUCUAGGAAACGAGCUCGAUUAAUCUCAGCUCGAGUCUUACCAGGUGGCCUUGUUGAGCUCAACUUCUCUAAGAGUAAAGGUUUGCAUUAUAAUCCAACAAGUAUACUGUUUUUGAAUGUGCCAAGCAUUUCAAAGCUUCAAUGGCAUGCUUUUACUGUAACUUCAAACUGCGACAUGGAACCAGACAGACUGAGCGUAGUCGUCAAAACACUGGGAAGUUGGUCUGAAAAGCUUUAUCAGAAAAGUUUAUCUUCUUCCGACCGGCUCGAGAUGUCUGUAGAAGGACCUUACGGACCUACUUCAUCUCAUUUCUUAAGCCACGAGUUGCUGGUGAUGGUGAGCGGAGGCAGCGGUAUAUCACCCUUCAUCUCCAUAGUCCGCCAGAUCAUAUAUGAAAGCAUGCAACCAAACAGCCGCGUUCCGCAAGUUCUUCUGGUUUGUUCAUUUAAAACGUCAGCCGAUCUAGCUAUGCUAGACCUCUUGUUUCCCAUCAAUGGCACCUCUGCAGAACUUACAAAAUUGCAGCUGAAAAUUGAAGCGUACGUCACUAGAGAGAAAGAGCAGCCUAUGGAAGAUCCUGGAAAGUUCCAGGGCCAAACCAAAUGGUUUAAGCCAAACCCGUCCGACUCGGCCGUAACUGCAGCUUUAGGACCCAACAAUUGGCUAUGGCUCGGUGCAGUAAUUGCAUCAUCAUUUUUGAUGUUCCUGUUGUUAUUAGGCAUUAUAACUCGUUACUAUAUUUCCCCGAUGGUUGACCUAAACAGUGGCCAAGUAUACCAUUACUCAUUCUAUAUACUGUGGGAUUUGUUUUUGGGCUGUGUCUGCGUUUUUAUAGUAUCCAGUGCAGCUUUCUUGUGGUUCAAGAAAGAAAAUGGAAAGGAACAGAACCAAAUCCAAAACCUAGAAAUUCCAUCUCCGACAGCAUCACCUGGAUCAUGGUUUUACGGUGCGGAUCGAGAGCUCGAAAGCCUACCACAUCAAUCCCUUGUCGAUGCUACUAAAGUGCAUUUUGGUGAAAGGCCUGAUCUCAAGAGAAUUUUGUUUGAAUGCAAAGCAUCAGAUGUUGGAGUAUUAGCAUGCGGGCCAAGGGCAAUGAGACAUGAGGUUGCCAAAAUUUGUUCAUCUGGUUUGGCACAAAACUUGCACUUUGAGUCCAUCAGCUUUAACUGGUGAUCCCAUCCUAUAAUUGUUAUUAUAUAAAAUUAAGAGAAUUUUUUCCUUUUGGUGAAUGUUUUUCAAAUUAUGAAUUAAAGAGGCCUGAGUGGUAACUCUUAGUAAGUUGCUGAAAGUAUGUAUACAUUCAGUAUUUAGAAUGAGUUUGUAUGUAAAUUUGUGGUGUGUCUCAUCUUGUAAAUGUACUAUCCUAAAUGAAAAAGCAAUAAAGUUGUAUAUAAUGUAAGACAAGUGCACCAAAAUUCCAGGUU